AAGGCGUCUUCUCACUUGUGUCGUGUCUUGGAAGAAACGACGGUGUGAUCGUGAUCCGCAACAACAUCACAAUAAAAAUCAAAUCAAAUCAAAUCAAAACAACAAUUCAAACCCAAACCCAAACCCCAAAUCAUCCAUCCAUCAAUGGCGCUUUUGGAUCUGGAAAAGCACUUCGCCUUCUACGGCGCAUACCACAGCAACCCAAUCAACAUCGCAAUCCACAUCCUCUUCGUUUGGCCAAUCCUCUUCACCGCUCUCAUCAUCCUCUACUUCACACCACCUCUCUUCUCUCCCCUCAUCCCCUAUCAUCCCUUUGUUUUCAACCUCGGCUUCUUCUUCGCAAUCUUCUACGCUUUGUUCUACGCCGCUCUGGAUCUCAAAGCCGGUUCCUUCACCGCGUUCCUCACCCUUCUCUGCUGGGUCGCUUCAAGUUUCGUCGCAAACUCCCUCGGCUUCUCACUCGCUUGGAAGGUUGUGUUGGCUGCCCAGAUUUUUUGUUGGACUGGACAGUUUCUUGGUCAUGGUUUGUUUGAGAAACGUGCACCGGCUCUGUUGGACAACCUUGCUCAAGCUUUUCUAAUGGCUCCAUUCUUUGUGGUUCUUGAGAUCCUCCAAUCAUCCUUUGGAUAUGAACCAUAUCCCGGAUUUCAGACUAGGGUGAAGGCGAGAAUAGAAGCUGAUAUCAAACAGUGGCAAGAAACGAAACAAAAGAAACGUUCUUAGCUUGGACAAGUUGUUCAUAAAUGUGGUUGUAGAUAAUUGCUUUGAAAAUAAAGAAAAACAAGUUGUAUUAUAAUACCUUUUGAUUACUGUUCAAAGUCAAGGUUUUUGAGCCCGUUUUGGCAAUUAGAAAAACAACUUUCCAGAUUCAACAAA